CUUCCUGGCGUCAUCCUCUCGACUGCCGUGGCAGCGUCGGCGACGGCCGUAGGUUCUUUACAUGGACGACCCGUAUCCCUCCGCGCCAGCGCAGCUCGGCCCUCCCUCCUCUGGUCCACCAAUCCCCGCGUCUCCCGACCUUCCCCUCGGCCUGGGCCCACCCCGCGUUCUGGCGGCCCCACCCCAGAGGCGCCGCCCGCUCGCGCGUCCCUCGGUCCACCUGCAGCGGGCAGGAAAGCAGGCAGUCUCUCCGGUUGUCCGACCGAGAGGCGCCUGCCAACCAGAGGCUGGGGCUCUUGCUUUCCGGCGGAGGGAUCCGUUGCGGCUGUGGAGGCGGCGCUGAGCCUGGGAGGAAGCGCUGAGCCUGGGAGGAAAAGGCAGCUGCGGCGGCGGCUUGAGCGGCCGCGCAUAAAGGGGCCGCCGCCGGGUGAUGCGGUGACCGCUGCGGCAGGCUCUGGAGCCGAGUGGGCCUCGGCCCUCAGCCCGUCCCACCGGGCCCGAGCUCAGGAACCCCUCGUCUUUUCCGGCCCUCCUCGCCCUCUCCGGCCGACCCGCAAUCGCCGAGGCGGCCUCGCAUCCCCUUGCCCCUUCCCCAUCCCCGUCCCCGCCCCCGUCCCCGCCCCGGGGGCCGCCGCCACCCGCCUCGCACGAUGGCUCUGAAGAGAAUCCACAAGGAAUUGAAUGACCUGGCACGGGACCCCCCAGCACAGUGUUCAGCAGGUCCUGUUGGAGAUGAUAUGUUCCAUUGGCAAGCUACAAUAAUGGGGCCAAAUGACAGUCCCUAUCAGGGUGGAGUAUUUUUCUUGACAAUUCAUUUCCCGACAGAUUACCCCUUCAAGCCACCUAAGGUUGCAUUUACAACAAGAAUUUACCAUCCAAAUAUUAACAGUAAUGGCAGCAUUUGUCUUGAUAUUCUCCGGUCACAGUGGUCUCCAGCACUAACUAUUUCAAAAGUACUCUUGUCCAUCUGUUCUCUGUUGUGUGAUCCCAAUCCAGAUGAUCCUUUAGUGCCUGAGAUUGCUCGGAUCUACAAAACAGAUAGAGAAAAGUACAACAGAAUAGCUCGAGAAUGGACUCAGAAGUAUGCGAUGUAAUUAAAGAAAUUAUUGGAUAACCUCUACAAAUAAAGAUAGGGGAACUCUGAAAGAGAAAGUCCUUUUGAUUUCCAUUUGACUGCUUUCUAUGAGCCCACGCCUCAUCUUCCCCUGUGCACAUGUUUACCUGAUACAACAGUGCUGCGUGUUGUACAUACUUGGAACAACAAACUAGAAAUACUGUACUCCUGUACCAACAUUGCCUCCUAGCAGAGAAGUGUGUGUGUGACAAGCCAGUUCUCCAGGCGUAACCUAGGUGUGAGACUAAAAGCUUUCCUUACUGACUUAUGUUUGGAUAACGACAAGGUGAGGGGUGGUGGUUGUGGUGUAUGCUUGAGUGGGGGAAAACAACUCCACUGACCUAUAGGAGAUUGUUUUUAAGUGGAAUUCUUUUCAAAGUAAAACAUUUAUAAAAAGCAAGGUGAAGACCAUGGAAGUUGUUUCUGUAUUCAUUUUAUUUGAAGGACCUAUGUCUUAGGUGAAAGUUAAGACCAACCAGAUUAAACUCUCCCCACACAUCCCGUAUUUUAAGGUCUAAGUUUAACUGGUCAACAGCUAUUAGUACACAUAAAGUGUAAUGGGCUUUGUUCCCAACUCUUUUACAUCUCUCUGCCCCUUCAACCUUCAUCUUUCAGCCUCUUUUUCUCUUCCGUAUUCUUUGAUUUGUAUGUGGUUUCUCAGUUAAUACAUAGCUAAUAGCUCUUAUUUUUCUUAUGUUUUUAACUGCUUAGGUCUAUCUGGAUGUAAGGGUGAAAAUACAUUUGAUGGAAAUACUUGUGUAUAUUUAAAGACCCAGUUGCUCCUCUGGAGCUUGUACGUUCAAGAAUGAUUAAUCUGUGUAAUAAACUGAUUACUGCAGUCAUUACAUAUAACUGUGUGCAUAGGCUUGUUGAUUUUAAGAACUUUGUCUAGCUGAGAUUAGUGGUGGAUUUUCUCUCACCUCUGAAAUGUUUUCAUUAUAUUGGUUGCAUUUUUAAAUCAUGAAACAAUUCUAGUUUAUAUAAUCAAAAGGACAUCUUAGUAAUUUUACUGAACAAGAUAGGAGCAGAAUCUUAAAAGCAUUUCCAUACAACGCACAUGUGCAGCAUUCCAGGAACAUGACUGUUAAACUAAAAAAGAAAUAUGCUUUGUUAAGGAAACUAAUAAAGCUGCAUUUCACCAAAUCCUUAGAACAUUCCCUGAUACAUAGGACAUAGAACACAAAGGCAUUACUAUUUGUAAGUUAAGCCUUUGUGUGAUUGUAAUUCUAAAAGAGCAACAUUGACCAAACCUGGGAAACAUGAGCACAAUCUUAUAUUGGAGAGUCUACACAAUUACUUUGCACUAACAUUUGCAGGAUGUUCAUCCAAUUUUAAAUUGUACUGUAUGUAGCUUUUUUAAAGUCUUCCCUUGACUCUAGUAAAAUGUAGUUUGAAACUUGUAAACAACUGUGUUUGCUGGAAACAUUGUUUGUGUGAACUAGGCAAGUUACCCGUUUUCCUUUCCCUUUCCCUUUCCUAAUCUAACUGUAAACUAGGCCAGCCUAGAGGCCAUGGCUGAUGCUCUUCAGCCAUCAGGUUCUUUCAAAUGCAUCUUUACACUCUUGCACAAAAAUUGAGGAAUAAAUGUCCACUGCUUUUGGUUUUAAA